AUGCAUAUUCUUCAGAACGAGAAGAUUCCGAAGGUCUUCUUCGACGUUCGCAACGAUUCAGAUGCCCUAUUUGCCCAUUUUGGCGUGGCUUUGCAUGGUGUAGAGGAUGUUCAGCUUAUGGAAAGUGCCACGAGGAGGACAACGGCAUCGAGGAAAUUCUUGAGUGGCUUGGCUAAAUGCGUUGAGGAAUUUAUAUUCGUGUCGCCCGGUGAUAGAGCGAGCUGGAAGCAAGCAAAGGAGAAAGGUGAGCGACUGUUCAAAAUGGAAUAUGGCGGUUCGUAUGAGGUCUUCAACAAGCGCCCGAUCCUCGGGGAUAUUAUUUCUUACUGUGUUGGUGAUGUUCAGUACCUCCCUGAGUUGCGCGAUAGGUUUUGGGGAACGCAGACCUUUCGGUGGCGAGACCUAGUCAAUGAAGAAUCUAUGAAGCGCGUCUCAGCGUCUCACAAACCAGAGUACCGACCCCACGGCUCAGAUAGGGCCAUGGCUCCGUGGAAUGAAGAUCAGAAUAGGACUUUGGAUGAGUGGAAUUGGGUCCCUCCUCCAUGCGACUACUUCGAUGAAGACGACAAUUGGGAUUUCGAUGAAGACGACGGUUGGGAUGACGAAGGUCCGACCAGCUGUAGGGACGUUAUUAGGAGCUGGGACUAUGAUUAUUAA